AUGAUUUUAAGGAUUGUUGUAAUCUGCAUAAUCAAGACAACAUUAGUCGAUGCUGUGAGAAGACCAGUAGACGCGCCAAUAUGCCUCACUGGUUACAUGACAGACUUACAAUCUUGGGUCGACGGAGACGGAAAGUUAAAAGUUAACGAUUCUGCGGCGAUCGAUCUUUCUCACCUCGCAAACAUAACCUCGUUAAUUCAAGAGCACAUGGUCACAAACGGUAGGACCACAAACACGAUUAGGUAUCUAAGUGUGGCCAAGUGCCAGCUGAGACAAGUGCCACCGAUAUUUUCUCUUCAAGGCGCCCUCAGUAAAACUUUAGCAGAUAGCGUCCAGUAUGUAUCAUUUUACGGGAAUAAUUUUGGAAAAAUCCAAGAAGUGGGCGCUUAUCAGGCUUUAAUCAACGCCACAGGUGCAAAAGAGAUUACCGCGAGACAUUCCCAUGGUGUUGAAAAAAUACAAAGCUGGACAGCAGGGCUAAGCAACGUUACAUUCCGGAGCUUACUGCAGCUCGAUCUGCGUUUCUGUUCCAUCGAUGCUCUCGAAGGCUUCAUAUUCAGUGGGAUGCCAUCACUAACCCACCUUUAUUUAGGGGAGAACAAGCUAACCUUUAUUGACGCUAAUGCGUUCGCUGGCCUGACUAGCAUACAGCAUAUCGACUUAAGCGGAAACGUGUAUAUAGACGAAAAAAGUCCAACAAGAAGCCUCACAUUUGAAUCCACCGAUACAUUCGCAAACUUGAAUCUAACUUCUCUGGAUCUCUCUUUUACAACGUUAAGCACGAGGCAUACGCCACUACUCUCUCGACUGGGAAAUAAGCUGGAGAUACUAUCCAUAUGCAACACGGCCAUUUUCCGUCUACGUAAAGAUACUUUCAAAGGCUUACCGUUAAAAUAUUUAGAUAUAUCCGGAAAUCCGGAUGUUCUGUUUGACCCCAACGUAUUACGAGGGCUCGAGGACACACUGCAGGUUCUAUUCGCAAACUCGAUUCUCUUGAAGUCGCUCGACUUUUUACGAAACUUUAGAAAAUUGGAGAUCCUGCAGGUAUCCAAAAACGAAAUUUCGAACUUUCCCAAGCACUCGAUGAGCACAUUGGAGAACUUGCAGGUUUUGGACUUGGCGAGGAAUAGAAUUUCGUCGUGGUUCGAGCCGAUCGUUUCGACGAUGCCGCGGCUAAAGCUGCUGUCACUCGAAAUGAAUAAUAUAAACGUGGUAUCUGAAAUCAUGAUAGAUGACAUGAGUCAAGUUCAGUACCUGGCCUUCUCGAAGAACGGUAUGAUAUGCAACUGCUUCACGAGGGAGAUGUACGAAAUCGCGUUGCAGAGCGAGCGUAGGCUUAAUCAGACAAACCUGUACAGAAUCGCGCAAGACGACGGACUGUUUCACAGGGGCUAUUUGGAGUACAAUAGAAUGAUUACAGACAGGCAUAACCUCACGUCACCGUGCUUAGAGAUCGCGGACAUCACGUUGCGCAGUAAAUGCCUGACCGGGUUGACAACAAAUGUCACGGGAAACUUUCUUCUACUAGAUUUCAACGGCGAUAAUUACAAUUGUUUAUCUCUUAGCUCUGGUAUUAUGAUACCACUGCAUGAAGUGUCCACUUGUUCUCAAGAUAUGAGAGAUAUGCCGGAAGAUUUGAUAGUGGCUACCCAAAAUAAUCUAUUCCUUCUCCUCAUCAUACUCGUGUUGUUUCCGAUCGUCGCUUUCGUUUACGUGUUUAGGCGGAACUUACGAUACUUCCUGAUAACAAUGAGGAAUUCUGCAAUGCUCAGUUUAAUUUGUGAAAAGGAUAUGAGUAAGAAUGAGAGUCAAAUCUUCAAUUAUGAUGUUUUCGUCUCUUAUUGCAACGAAGAUAGGGCCUGGGUAUUGGACCAUCUUCUGCCUCACGUGGAAAUAGACUGUAAUAUCAGCGUUUGUCUUCACGAAAGAGAUUUUCAGGUGGGACUCUCGAUCUUGGAGAAUAUUGUAUCUUGCAUGGAUAGAUCUCGGUCUAUCAUGUUGAUAAUUUCGAAACGAUUCCUUCUCAGCCAGUGGUGUCAAUUUGAAAUGCAUUUGGCACAACACAGACUAUUAGAAACGAGAAGAGAAGACCUCAUCCUCAUUCUUCUAGAGGAAAUACCGAGGCGUCUCCGCCCAAACACAUUGCACUAUUUGAUGCUCACAAAAACGUACAUCGUUUGGCCGAAAGACGAGAGCGAUAGAAAGGAGUUCUGGAGGAGAAUGAAGAGGUCCCUAGUCACGCAAAAACUAAAGAGUGUUGAGAAUGACUCCUUGGCUUAA